AAUAAUAUGCCAUGGUGGUGGGUCGUUUUCUGGGUGAAGGUAUUAGAUUUGAUGUGAUUAGUUAUCUGUUAGUACGAUCUUAAAUCAAUACCUAGUAAGUCCGAAAAAUUUCGAUUUUCUGAUUUUGUUCUGUUUUGAUUCCUGGAUGCAUAAAUCGCGACAUUUUCGGACUUACGAGGUAUUGAUUUGAGAUCGUCGAUGCUUCCCGAAAAGAACCAACGAUAUGGAUUUUUUGAAAGCAUUCCUGUAUGCAUACAGGAAUAAAAACAAAAUUAGAAAAUCAACAUUUUCGGACUUACGAGAUAUUGAUUUGAGACCGUCCAUAUACUACCCACUUGAAAAUAAUAUAAUCCUGUUAUUGCCAACGUUACAAAUUAUCACGGAGAUGUCGCUUUUGUGAUCAGCUGUUCAGCAUAGGAUUAACCUCCUACCUCUAGUCUUCAUGGUCCAUGUGCAUGCGAUCAGUCUAUCUCUUUCGCAGGCGCGGCGUCACUCGGAGACAAAAAUUUGUGGUUAGUUUCGUUACCAGUGUUAUUCACAAAAGUGUUGUAUGUGCCUUUUUAUCUGGUUUCAUGUGUGUUACAAUCUGUGUGAAAUAUAAUUAAAAAACACUGAAAUAAACAUUUGACUAUGGUGUAUUGUGCAGUGAUCGGUUGUUCAAGCAACAACAACAAGAAAAGCAAAAACGUUUCAAAUUGGCGUUUCUUCAGUUUUCCAAAAAACAAAGAAAUUUGCGAACAAUGGGUUCUGAGGUGUUAUCAGCAACACAAAUUUAAUGUACAAACUGCAAGGAUAUGUUCGAGGCAUUUUGUGGAAAGUGACUACUGUUUAAAAGAAAAAACCUUAGGAUUACCUCAAAAUAAAUGGAAGUUGAAAAGUGAAGCAAUACCUUCCCUUCAUUUGAUAAAAUCACCAAAGGAGCAGACUUCUCUCAGUAUAGUAAUGGAGGAAAAUCUAAAUAAAGAGGUCAUAAAAUCAAUCAACCACUAGAUAUAGGAAUAGAACUAGAGCUAGAGACUUACUAAACUAGAAGUACAAAGUGGAAUUGACGAAAAAACAAUUUACACAUAAAAUUUUAUACAAAAUUAUGUCAUAAUACCAGUUAAUAUAACAAAUUGAUAAAUGUCACUGAUGCACAAUUUGAUUGUGCUAGUGUCCAGACAGUUUAGACAAAAAUUUAAUACAAAGUGUAAUUACGAAUUUUGUUCUCAAGAUAACUAAACUAAUGUUUUUGAAGGUAGUCAUAUAUGUUGUUAACUUUUUACCAACAACAAAUACAUUGCUUAUAGAUGUUCCUGUAAUUUUAUGAAAAAAUAUAUAAAAAAGUGCUAUUUUGCCAGCACUCAGACAGAAGCUGUUGCUAGUUGGCUGGCUAGUUGCCAGUUUAGCAUUUGAGUGAAUAGUAUUAGAUAAAACUGUAUUUAAAAAUAUGUGAUAGUAGAAUAGAAAUAUCAAAUUGGUUAUAUCAUUAAGACUGAGGAAAAUGAAUUAAACAAACUCAUACUUGUAAUAUACAUAUUUUUAUCAAAAAUAUAUAUGAACUACAUAAAAAUGAACAAGAAACUAUUUUUUCCCCUUUAAUGUGGUUCUGUGCUGUCUACUUCGAACUACCAUAUGUUUACAUCUUUCAAGCAAUUUCCAGUGUUACCCUCAGCUUCAAUUGUCUCCUUUAACCUAUGAAAUUUUAUUUCAUUGUGGGAAAAUGGGUUAUAUUGGGAUGGUAUGAAAUUUGGUUCAAUCCAAUAGUCCGACACAAUAUCAGUGUCCAUAAUCAACACUAUUUGUUAUCUUCUGCUGUUCAUACACUGGUUGGGGCUUUAAUAGUAUUUUGGUUUGUUUAAUUCCAAAAGACAAGUUUGAUAGUCCCUGGGGUUAAAUAGAAAAGGAUUCCAGUAGCUAAACACUUAUCACAUUACUGGACAGUAUGAUGAUUCAGUCAGCAACCACUCCAAUUUGACCUCAAAAUGUUACAAAAUUUAUAUUAAUUUCAUAAAUUUUUAAUGUCUUCUGCAUAUGUUACAAGAGCAGCAUUUAUAAUUAUAUUGUCAGCUGAUGAUUCCACUUGCUUUUAAAGUUUGUCAGUUACUAAACAACUGAUGAACAUUGAGAAAUCGAAUGCAUGCUGUUUUUGACACACAUGUUGUCAGUAUAACAACUGUGGAUGUGAAAUUUUGUGAACUGUCACAACUGAGUUGAUAAAUGUGGUGUCAGUUACCAGCAAGUAGGUAUAGGAUUUCAAAUAUUCAAGUUUUGACUGGUAAUAUAAGAUUUGUCCAACUACUGGUAGUGUCUGGCUUAUUGGCACAUUGAUACUACUAUUUGAAACCAAUUUACUUCAUUAAAAAGUAAUUCUCUUUAUUUGGAGCUCUAAAGAAGUUUCAGUUUGAAAAGUUACAAGCGCAUCGUCAAUGAUUACGACUUGAGUUAUUUAGGACUUUUCAACUUGUCUAUUGUUAAUUUUUCAAAAGUGAUAACUGGGAUGAUAUGAUUAAAUUGUAUUGGCAAGACAGCAAAAUGUAUAUAAAAUAAUAUAAAAAUUAUCAUGUAAAAUUGUUAACACACAUAGCGUGCGCAAAGAGGUAAAAAAUUCGAUCGUAAAGUGAGCAUAUCUGUCAUAGGUUGGUAUAAACAAAAGUGAAGGGGUUUUUGUCGCAUAAAUGAACUUUUGCAUUGCACAUCAAGAUCAACCAUUCAUGUAUGUGGAACUUCAAAAGUAAUGCAAAGAAAGAGAUUGCCCAAACUCAUUACAAAGAUGUUAUAUAAAUUAUUCAUUUUUAACAUGUUUUAUGGUAGAUUUCAAACAAAGCACCAUGAAAAUGAAAACAAAAUAGUGCCUAGUGGACACUAGCAACAUAGUCUGAUUUUCAAAAAAUUUAACUAGGGACAGCCUUGUUCUGGCAUAUUCAAACUUAAUUUAUUUGAAUUAUCUACUACUUCCACUAUAUUGAUGAGGGAUGAUAAUCAGUGUGUAUAUCCAAAGUGGUCUGGAGAUGCAGCACUUUUUUGCUGAAUAGUAGUAGCUUUUAUAGUUCACAACAUUCAAACUACCAAAUCUUACAGCCAAGUGAACACUGCUGUCAAGCUGACAAAGCUAACCCACGGUUACUGCAAUGAGCAUAAAAGCACUGCACUUUAGCUGAAUGCUCUCAUUAAACAUUAGAGUGAAAGAAAUUGUCAUUUUAUAGUUAUGUGACAUUUCAAUGUUCAUUAUUUUUUCAUUUCAAUCAUAUUUUAGCAAAGUCCCAUGGCAAUGGAAACUAUAACAGAGAUGGAAUUUGUAAAAGUUGAAAUAAAAAUAGAACCACCAGAAUAUCACAGCGAUUCAUUUGCAGUUCAUCAAGGCACUUUGGAUAUAAGUGACAAUUACAAUGUGGAUGAGAUAGUUUUGAGCAGCAUAAAAAGUGAUCCUGACAUUACUAGAGGUUCUAUCAAAACUGAAGUAGAAACAGAGGCUGGUCAGUCGCAAGCAUACAAAAUCAAAUUAGAAAAACAUAUGGAUACUGCAACAAUGGAAAUCACUGAGGGAUUAAUUGUCAAAAGUGAAGAUGAUUGUGACAGAUUCAUAGAUGUAAAUCCAGAUAUGUUUUACAAUGAGUAACUAUUCGGAGUAAUUUGCUCUUUGGUGAAAAUUAUAUGACAAAUUAUUUCAGAAUUGAUAAUGAUUAUACUGAAAAUGAGGAUGACCCAAAGUUUAUGCCUACUAAUCAUAAAGCACCUUUGGAUACAGACAAUCAUUAUCAAAACAAAUAUAUCUCUCACCUUCAUUGUCAAUCCAGCAUAGAUGGAGAAAGUUCUGUGGCAUGCAAGCAGCAUUAUGUAGCAUAUAACAAAGCAAGUGGAAAAUUAUUCAGUUGUUGUAACUGUAAAAAUAGUCCUUGCUGUAAGGUCCCACUAGAUGAAAUUAUGGAAGAACACAAACAAGAUCCAGAUUCUAUUUCAUCAGCUUCCUGUAAAUCAAGCAGCAGUUUUAAAUGUAUCUGUUGUAAUGCAUCAUUUAAAACGAAAAGGGCAAUGGAUGAACAUGUUGUCAAAAAACAUCCCAAGUUUAAGUCAACUCUUAGUAGUAAGUUGCACGAAUGUACAUUUUGUUCAUAUAAAACGACUAAGAAGGAUAUAUUUAACAAUCAUAUGUUCAAACAACAUCCUGACAAGGUUCACAGACUCACUUGUGAACAUUGUAAUUCAACAUGCAGUAGCAAACCAGAACUGGAUUAUCAUAUAGAAAAAAAACAUCCAGAGUUUAUACAUUGCACUUAUGAAAGUAAUCACUUUAAGUGUAAUUAUUGUAAAGGAACAUACAAUACAAAAAGAAGAAUAAAUGAACAUAUAGCUAAAAAACAUUCUGAGUUUAUAUCUACGUCUCCUAACUCAACAUCCCGUUCUGAGCUGCUUUAUAUAUGUGAACAUUGCAAUGUAUCAUUCACAAGGAAAUGUCGGAGGGAUGAUCAUGUACUUGGAAAACAUCCCGAGUUUAUUUCAAAAAUUAGUUGUAAAGUACUUGAAUGUACAUAUUGUUCGUUCAAGACCGCCAUAAAAGAUCGUUUUGAAAAGCAUAUACUAAGACAUGUACUCAACACGUGUACACACUGUAACGAGAGUUUCGAAACAAAAAUGAUGUUGAACACCCAUAUAUUUCAGAAACACGACCUUAUUUCAUUUAUAUGAAUGUAAGUGCUGUACAUAUAAAACACCUAAGCAGUUUAACAUGGAACAACAUUAAAAAUAAUCCAGGAGAUGCUAGUAGUAAAACUGUUUCAUAUGUUUAAAUGUUACUUUUGUGUUAAUUCUUCAGUGUUAAUGGUGAAGCUGGUGAAAAUCAGUACGUUUACAAAUUAUUUGUAUUGAAUAUAAAAUUUAUUUAUUCA